AUGUUCUCCACCUUCUUCCAGCCCUGUGAGCUGAAGCUCCACCUACUUCAAAAUGCAGUCUUCUUACAUCCACCCGACCGUCCCUUACCUGACACCCAUGUGAGACCGCCCAUGGCCAACGACGAGAUCAUCCGUGGACUCGUCGAGCUCUACGUCCCUUCAACCCGACACAUCUCCGGCAUUCGAGUCCGAUUGAAAGCAGUUCAAACCAUCGCCAUACUCGACCCCGCUUCUGGUCUCACUCCUAUCAGCUGGGAAGACUCUACAGUGUUCGAAAAGCACGUCGAAAUCGGUAUCCAGAGCGACAAGGAAAAGCAUCAUCACAACCACCAUCACCUCCUAUCGUUCAAUCAUCGAUCUGCUUCUGCUGGACCUGCUCAUAAUGGUGCUUCGUCUUCAUACUCUCAGGCACGCGGUCGGAGCUCGGCCGCACCGGAUCAUCAGGGUCGAUCUGGUUCGGCUUUCGGCAUGCGAUCGCAUAGUCCCGGAGGGAGCAUCCCUGCGUCUAUGGCUCGUGCUGUCUCGAGAGGACGCAAGCUCGCGUCGGGGAUGAGUCGAGUCAGUCACAGCCCUUCACCGUCAAACAGUCAACCUGCUAGUAGAGCCUCUUCACCCAGCGCACCCGCUCUUUCGGAACGAGGUCGUCCAGCGACACGCGCACCACCCACCUACGCCUACGCCAUCUCGGAAGCAUGUCAGAACGGCGGCACUCCAACCGCAUCGUUCGGCCAGCAAGUUGUAGACCAUAGUCUACCAGCCAGUCGAGUUGGCACCCCUCAGAGAUCUCGCAGACCUAGCCUGUCCAAUGGCCAUACACCACCAGACGAGCGUGGUGGGCAGCCGCCGGCAGAAACAGAUGCGCUUGCAGCUCAACUCCAAAGAUCGCUUGCCGUGCACGCUCGGAAUGACCGCAGAAGCGCUAGUGCUACUCCCCUCGAACAGUCUUCUUCUUCGAGCAGCUUGUCUGGGUUGCAUGCGCAUCAUGCGGAGGAAGAUAAAGGGAAAGCCAAGUCGAGGAGUGCGUCGAUUGGGUUCUUUGGUUCUCGUAAAGCGCGGAGCAAGUCUAGAGCACAGGCUACACGGCGGGCCUCAGGGCAUUUGAGCGAUCUUUUGCAAGUGGACGAGGAAGGCGGGCGUGGUCGAAGUGCUGCUGAGCGUCCACCACUGGAACCGUCGGGAUCGUCAGGAGGGAUCGUUGUCACCCCUGGAUCAGAGAAUGAUAGUGGAUGGGAGUACGAACCGGCCCAAGACGGGUUAGAGCUUCAAAAAGGAGUCCAUGGAUUCGAAUUUGCCUUUAUCAUUCCCUGCGAUGCUCCUCCCUACGAACGCUCACCCUACGGUCGGGUUCGUUACAUCAUCAAAGCGACCGCCAUUGGUGCCGGUCGUGCAAAAUCGAACGUCGAAUGCUGGCGCGAUCUCUAUCCCAUGGUCAAUCCCUCGCCUGACUCCGGUCCCACGCCGCUGACGGUGCUGUACAACGACAUGCACCCCACCGUAGGGCUCGUGUCAAUCGCUUGCACCUCUAACAACAUCUCGGUUGGUGGAGUGUUCAACAUUGACGUAAACUCGCCGAAUCCACCGAACGACCUCAUCGUCUACCUGGUCAGGGUCUCUUUAGAAACGACCAUCGAACUCACAACGAAGCGAAAAGGGAAGCAAACGGUGCCAGUGCAAAGGCAUAAGUUGUUCGAAAAAGGUUGGGUUCCACCCAAGAAUAACGAUGGGAGUCACGGAGAUGGGAAGAAAACAGAUGGGUUUGUGAGGAAUUCGGGGACAGAUCAUGCUUGGACUGUGCAAGGGAUUGCCAGGAUGCCGGAUGAUAAUCAUAUUCGGGCUUCUACUGUUGCUGCAUCUAAGGCUGCUAUUAACUUUAGUCAUGUUAUGGUUGUCGAGAUCGUACACAGCCGCAAACCUGCAGGAAGUACGGCCAGUACGCCGGAAGAAGAGGCCAAGGAGAGACGGCUGAAAGUAUUCGCGCUGCGACAACCGGUGUUGAUACCUUCGUGCUGUUGUGCUUACGAUGCGGUCACACUCCCAGCCUACUCUGCAGAUCCUGAUCCCGGUGCAAGAAGAGCAGAAAUGCCAUACGAUCUAAGCAACUUCGCACACCACCCACCUAGCGCUAAUGAUGAAGGCAACGCAGUCGUUGCUGCCGCUGCAGCCGGUACUAGUGGGCUAAAGACGUUUACGAGCGGGGGGUUGAACGGAGCAAACACGGCAACACCUGUCUCUGGACAAUCGCAAUUGUUCUGCGUCUGUGGAAUGUCACUACAGGAUCUAAGUGCGCAGGAGAGGGCGUUGAUUCCCAGCCAGCCGCUGGAUGUUAUGGAUGGGGAAUUGUUUAGGCAUCAGGGUAAGAUUGGAGAGUUGCCGCCAAGGUUGGAUGCGACUGGGGGUGGGAGUAGGAGGAGGAGUCCAUCGACGAGUUCUACUGCUGCGGGGAUUGCGGCUAGUUUGAAGGGUAGGAGAAGAAGUACCUCCAGUACCCGAACUACUACUUCAGGCGCGAACGCUGUUGCUGGCUCAAGUAGUGGCAGUGCUCUAGCAGAGAGAAGAGGUUCAAUUACAGCGAGUAUCAAAGGUCGAAGUCCAUCAAUUGCCUCGGCGCUCAGAGCUAGGAGACCAUCUAAUUCGAGUAGCAGUAGCUACGCAGGUGGAAUUGGGCUCGGAAGAGGGGAGAGUGCUAGUAGAGGUAGUGCCGUUAGUCGAAUUUCGGCUAGUAGUAACAUUAUGGCUGCUCAAGCCGUUCAGCAGCAACAGCAGAGGGAAGGGUCGAUUCCUCCACAGGCUGCAUCGGCUGGUGCUGCGGGUACAACGAGUACUGGUGAUGAUGUGCGCAGGAUUCCCGAGUAG